UCUGGAAGAAAGCAGCUGGAGUGUCUAUUGACAUCCUUAAAACCUUAUUGGUCCAGUCACCCGCGCAACUUUGAAGCAGGGGUAAGGGGUGGGAAAGGAAACAGAUAAAAGGCAAGUGAAAGAAAGGAGGAGGGGCAGGCUUCCACCCAGUCAGCACUGAGCCCUCUUCCCGCCUAGCCUAGGCUGGUCUCCAGGAGCCCCAUGGCCAACUAUGAAUUUAGCCAGGUGUCUGGGGACAGACCCUGCUGCCGCCUCUCUAGGAAAGCCCAGAUCUGUCUCGGAGUAGGUCUCAUACUUCUGAUCGCGUCCAUAGUGAUCGCGGUCAUCUUUCUCUGGCCCCGAGCACCUCUGGUGUGGAGAGGGGAGCCUACCACGAAGCACUUUCCUGAGAUCUUCCUGGGACGGUGUCUCAUCUACACGCAAAUCCUCCAGCCUGAGAUGAGCGAUCAGGACUGCAAGAAGAUACUGAAUACAUUCAAAAGAGCCUUCGUGUCCAAGAAUCCAUGCAACAUCACAAGGGAGGACUAUGAGCCACUAGUUCAGUUGGUCACUCAAACCAUACCAUGUAACAAGACUCUCUUUUGGAGCAAGUCCAAACACCUGGCCCAUGAGUACACCUGGGUCCAAGGGAAGAUGUUCACCCUGGAGGACACUCUCCUGGGCUAUAUGGCUGAUGACCUCAGGUGGUGUGGGGACCCCAGCUCUUCUGACAUGAACUAUGACUCUUGCCCACAUUGGAGUGAAAACUGUCCCAACAACCCUGUUUCAGUGUUCUGGAAAGUGGUUUCCCAAAAGUUUGCAGAAGCUGCCUGUGGUGUGGUCCAAGUGAUGCUUAAUGGGUCCCUCAGUGAACCAUUUUACAAAAACAGCACCUUUGGAAGUGUGGAAGUCUUUAACUUGAACCCAAAUAAGAUUCAUAAACUCCAAGCAUGGGUGAUGCAUAACAUCGAAGCAGGUUCCAGUAACUCAUGUUCAGGCUCCUCCUUAAAUGAGCUGAAGUUGAUUUUGCAGAAAAGGAAUAUUACUUUUGCCUGCCAGGAUAACUACAGGCCUGUCAGGUUUAUUCAGUGUGUGAAGAAUCCUGAACAUGCAUCAUGUAGUCAGAUAUCUAAACAAUUUGGCUCUUAGAUCCCCUGUAGCAUCAUCAUGAUGAAAGUCUCAGACACUGAAAUUCUCAGACGCUACCCUGAUGUAAAGCUGACGGUGUCAGGGAGAGCCCUCUAUUCCAAUGUCAACGCCAGAGAUGGAAGAAGUUCCCAACAAAUUUUGGCAGCAUUACAUGGUCAGCUCAACUCUUCCUGUAUAUGACCAUUGCUCAAGAAAAACCUAUUCCAUACAGCAGUUAAAAUUUCAUAUUGUUAUUUCAUUUUAACAUUCUCAUGUGGUGUUUUUAUAUUUUGUAUAUUUGCUAACUUCUUUUUUUAAUGGAACUAAUAGCCUGUAUUAUUGUCCAUCAAAUGUUGUUGUAUUAAAUUGAAUGUAAUAGAAUCUGAAAUGUGAUUUUUUUUUUUCAAGACAGUGUUUUUCUGUAAAACAGUCCUGGCUGUCCUGGAACUCACUCCACAUCAAAGAUCUGAAUUAGAAGUGGGCCUUCCUACUUCAAAUGCUUUAGUUAAGAAAAUAAACAAAUACCUCAACGA